AUGACCGGUAAACUCUCGCCCACCGGCGGUAUAGUCAACAGGUAUACCCAUUUGAAGCUAGGCCUAUAUUCACAGCACUCUGGCGAAGCAGCCCUAGACAUUGUUCGUGAUAAAUAUUCUUCCACAUCGCAAGAUUAUCAGUACUGGAGACAACAACUGGGUCGAUAUGGUCUAUCAGGUGACGCCCAGACUGCCUUGAUGGGAACACUUUUCGAAGGCCAACGUUCACGAGUCGUCUUCGCUCUGUUGGCUAUCGACGGUCCGAACAUGCUACUCCUGGCCGAACCACCAGCGGUUGAAUAUUCCCACGAUUGA